AAGGAUAUGAUUUUGUGGAGUUUAUCUCGUUUUUCUAUUUGCAGGGCUGGGUGUGUCUCCGACUUCAAUGGCUCUUCAACUUCCAACACUUUCUGGUUGUGUCACGCGCUUCAACUCAAGCGUGUGCUCGAUCCCUGGUCGGAAAUUUAGCACCUUUGCCACUCUGUCACGACGGCGUAGCGACACAACCAACUGGGCUGAAGCAACUUCCAGUUUCUUCGACCAAGACAAACGACCCAUCAUGUUGUUUGAUGGAGUGUGCAACUUGUGCAACGGGGGUGUGAAGUUCGUUCGUGAUAACGAUCGAAAUAAGACAAUUAGGUAUGAAGCUCUUCAGAGUGAAGCAGGUAAAAUGUUGCUUAGGAGAUCAGGAAGAGCUCCUGAUGACAUCUCAAGUGUUGUACUGGUUGAGAAGGACAGAUCCUAUAUAAAGUCUGAAGCAGUACUGAAGAUAAUGGAAUACAUAGACUUGCCAUUUCCGCAAUUAGCAAUUGUUCUUCAAUUUGUUCCUCUGUUUAUCAGAGAUUUUGUUUAUGACAAUGUUGCAAAUAACCGUUACACGAUUUUUGGUCGUUCUGAAUCAUGUGAAAUAUAGCAUCAUCCUGUUAUGAGUACAGGGGAUAAUAGCAACGUGCUAAGUUCAAAAAGUGUGGUUCUUUAUAGUUGUAGUCAGGUCAUGUUUUCUUCAAAUCUUUUGAAGCUUCCGUGUAUUACUUGUAUAUGAACUUUACUUAUAAAUAAAUCUUUAACUUGUAAGUGA